AUGGGAUUACAAACGUUUCCCAUAGAACUAUGCAACCGUACAUCUCUCAUCAAUAUCCGUAUGAUCGGAAACAGUCUCACAGAUCUACCUGUGCAGUUUCGCAAUUUCCAGGAAGUCAUCUGGUUGGACAUUAGCGAGAACGAUUUUCAGGAAAUACCAUCACCAGUUAUUGAACUGAGCUGUCUGAGAUCAAUAUGGGCAAAAUAUAAUAGAAUUCAAUAUAUUCCUUUCCAGAUUUCAAGGUUGCAUAAUUUAAUAUCGUUGUUUCUCUACUCCAAUGAUCUGGAGUACAUCCCGAAUGGUAUCCUGGCAUUAAGGCAGUUGGAAUACUUGGAUUUAGCUUAUAACCGGAUUACUGACAUCCCAGAUGGUAUCGCUAACCUUACUAAUUUAACCGCUUUAGAUAUGCACGGUAAUUUCUUGGAAAUCAUUCCUGAUGCGAUAUGUGAAUUAUUCAAUCUACAAAAACUCAGCUUUAGGAAGAACGAUAUUAUUUCGCUCCCCGCCAACUUUGGACGAAAACUGUCUAAACUACAACAUUUAGAUUUGAGUGAAAAUAAACUUGUCACUCUGCCGGAUUCAAUCUGUGAUUUGGUAUCUUUAGAAAGUCUAUACUUAAAUAACAAUCAUUUACAGAGUCUGCCGUUUUUGAUGGGAUGGCGCAGUCUUCCAAAGUUAACUCUAAUCGAAGCCAACUAUAACAACUUAGUCGAACUUCCCCAGGGAAUAUUCAUGUUACGAAGGCUGAGGGCGCUGUUUGUAAAACACAACCAGAUUGAGAUGCUUCCAAAAUACGUUGACCGCAAAACCACAGCCCUUCAGAAACUGAUUGCAAGCGACAACCAGAUAUCAGUCAUUCCAGUAGCCAUCAACGACCUUAUCAAUUUGAAUGAAAUACAGUUAGAUAAGAAUAAAAUUACAUCGUUACCAAAACAGUUUGGUUGUACUUUGCCGUGGUUGGAGAUAUUGUGUCUGGAACAUAAUGAAAUUACUUCCAUCCCAGAAAGUAUCGGUCGCGUUACCAGGCUGUUAACAUUUCUUCUAAACAACAACAAUAUCGGCAGUUUACCGGGAAGCUUCGGAAAACUUCGACGUUUACAAACCUUAGACAUUAGCUAUAACAAGAUUGCAAAGAUUCCGAUAUCAUUUAAAGAUCUACGAAGUCUAGUCGAUUUGAGGAUACAAGGAAAUAAGUUUGACAGUUUACCCGUCCAGCUGUUAGAAGAACUGAUGGCACACAAUCUGAAAUACUUGGACUUAACAACUGAGUCUGCGCAGACCGAUAACUAUGUAUCGGAGAACCAAGGUGACGACAUCAUUCUUCCAAACUCAUGGCAUAUUCAGUAUUAUUUACAAAUGACUAAAGUAUCCAACAUUCUCAUGUAA